AUGGGAGCAGGCGCUUCGAAACCAGCGGACUCGGAGAAGACGAGAAAACAUGUGUUCACCAGUGACUCACCUGUACAAUUCUCCCAAGGCCUUGUUGACUCGCUACAGUCAAGCUCCGAGACCGAUUCCUCGCGCUCUCAAUCUCUAGAGCUUCAUAUCCAAGCCCGCGUUGCCGAAGAGCUGAACCGUAUCCGCGCACGAGAAAGACAAACUCUAGCAGACAUUGAGAAGAGAAUAGCGGCUUCAUAUCCAUCCGAGGCACCCUCCACAACCAAAACUAACACUUCGCCUUUCGCUAACCAACCUCUAUCUCUCGAGUCUCCCCGAGUCCCAUUUGCUGGCACCGAAUUUGACCACGCUCCUGCUGUUCCGACGCCUGCAGAAACCAAUGACGAUGCCGCUGCCUCAAACCCCAAAAUCGUAAGCAGCGGAAAGGUUGCAAAGGAAAUUGAGGCACUGCGGGAGUCUCUUGCAUCCAGGCCUACGAUCCGGAAACUAGACCCCGAGCUUGAAAGUGCGAGGGAAGGUGUUGUGAAAUGCCUACGUGAUAACCAGAAAAGACCAUUGGACUGUUGGCAAGAGGUGGACACUUUCAAGCGUGAGGUUGCUAGGCUAGAAAAGGAGUGGGUUCAAAAAAUGAUAAGCUGA